AAUGUCAAAACUUUAAAACACAUCGUGCUUUUGUUGCUGUUCAAUUGGAGUACAAAAACAUUGAGUAAACUUGACAUUCGUGAAGUGAAUUACCACAAUCAUUACAACAAUGACCAGAAUUUUCGUUGGUAAUUUACCGACGGAUAUCGUCGAGAAGGAUGUGGAAAAUGAAUUUGCGUCAUACGGAACCGUUAACAAAGUCGAAGUGAAACAUAAACGAGAUCCGCUGUCCAAUGACAUCAUGUCAACAUUUGCCUUCGUUACGAUCAUCAUAACGGACAGUCUUCUCAAUCAAUGUUUGGAAGAGUUUAAAAACGAAAAGUUUCGCGGCCGAUUUCUGACGGUCUCGGUGGCCCGGGAAAGUUUUAUGGAAAAACUGAAACGAGAACGAGAAGAGUCAACGCAACGGCCAUUGGAAACCGAUAAAUUGCCAGUCAAUCCGAAGCCCAUCGUUGUCAAAAAUCCGUUUCGGCCGACUGUCCAGAACAGAACUGUGCGAACAUUCGACUCUGAUAACGUCGAGCCGAACACUAGUGUUACAUCGACCAUCGAUCCGGAAGACUGCAUCAAGAGAAAAUCGAAAUUGUUCACCGAAAAUGGAAAGAUUAAAAUUCCAUCGUUCAACGAGGUCGGUAAUGCGGCAGUGCAGACGGCGACGAAGAUUGAACGGAAAGUGUUUGAUGAGAAAUCAGAAAAAGCUGACAGGAAACGGGUGGAGUCUCUGAUCAAUAUGAAGAACACGUACAAUCAGCAGAAGAAGACGGUGCAGGAAGCGUUGGCCAACUUGGGACCGGCAACAAACAAGAAAAUCAUUUUCGAAGAACCCGCAACUGAGAUUGGCACGAAGCCACCGAAGAAAUCCCAACCAUUGUUCGACCAGGAUGCCGAUGACGACGACGAUUUUGAUUAUGCGAAGAGUUUCGAAAUGAAAAAGCAGUACGAAGGUGAGAGUGGAGCCCGUCUGCAAAAGCUUCAGUCUAGAUUCCAGAACGAUCAGCGAUUCAAAAUGAACGAAAACUUUCUGGACGAGAACGACGAUGCGAACGAAGCGGAAGAAGUUGUGGAAGCUACCGAUUCACCUUCGGACGAACGAAAGUGGCAAUACGACAUGUUGGAAAGUGUCAUGGGGAAGAAACUGCAAUCGGAGGCCAAGAAGAAAUCCGACAAUCUGAUGCUGCGAUAUGAUCCAACGAAAAACGACCACGAGAAAUACGAAAAAGCUGCAAAGAGAAAGAGUCGCAACCGUGAAACCGACGCGGCACCAACGAAACAACAGAAAUUGGAAGAUGACAGCGGCGCAUUCCAAGUAUCCAAAGAGCAAUUUUUCAAUGUGACAAAUCAACUGACUUCGGCACUGAAACCAACGUCUGAGGGAUUCAGUCUACUUUCCAUGUUCGGACGGGAUAAUGACAUCGUCGACACGAAGCCCAAGAAUCCGUACCAAGAAAUUACCUUGUCGAAAGGUCAACAAAAUAUUCUACUAAACAGCAGUUCCGCCUUCCACGAUGACUCGUCCGAUGAGGAUUCAGUGAUCGGUAAAACGGAAAGUAGGUCGACGAACGAACCGAAGCAAAAGAAUGCAAAGAAGAAUUCUAAGGCGGAAAUUUGGCACGAACCGUUUUUCAUCUUCGGCAGUGAUGUACGAUUACAAGAUGGACUCUCAUUCUUCUUACCAAAUUCGACGGGUGGUACUGGUGCGGAAGACUUCGAAAAUAAGCAAAAAGAAAUGCGAACGAUUAUCAAGAGGAAGAUCAAGAAAUCGAUAAAACGUGUGCUACCGCGCGGUGCUAAGCCAAAUAAAAGAUUUGGAAGGCUUGUGAGGGAUGUGGCCUAAUAAAUGUGUCGACAGUCUCGAUGGAAA